AUGCUCGGCGCGCGAUCCGGCGGCAUCCUCACGGGCGAGGAUGUCGACAACAUCCGCAACAUGCUCUUUGACGCCGACGCCGGCGGCGACGUCGUCUUUCUCGUGAACGCCUUUGCGGCGUACGCGGCGGCGCGGCUGGCCAUCGAGUUUGUGCUGCCGGGAAAGCUGCGCGGCUACACGCACCAGCAGUACGUCGUCACGCUUGCGCAUCAGGUCGUGGUGCUGCCCGUGCUCGCCGUCUGCUGGGCCGCCGGGCUGCUCGCGAGCGGCGGAUCUGCGAGCGGCGGGCCGAGCGAGGCGCCCGGGCUCAUCUACCUGCUCACGGGCGCCUACGUGAUGUCCGACUCGCUCGUCAACUACUCGCCCAUCUCCGCCGCCAUCGCCGGCAGCGCGGGGCCGCCCACCUUUAGCUGGGGCGUCCACGCGCACCACGGCUUCACGCUGCUGCUCUGCCUGCUCGGCACGACGCUGCCUCCGUGGCUUGAGGUGGAGGGGGCGGUCGCCAUCCUGCUUGGCGAGGCGGGCUCGCUCUGGAUCACGAUCACGCUGCUGCGGCCGACGCGCACCAACUUCCUCCUCCGCCUCCUCACCUUUUUCGCCUCGCGCCUCUGCGCCGUGCCGAUCGCGAUCGACGUGCUCCGCCAGUGCGAGUCGCCGCUCACCUUCUACCCGUUGCUCGCCGGGGUGGCGGGUCUCGUCUACGACAACGUACGCACGCUGCUCCGCAUGCGCUAUCACGCUCGCCAGGCGGCGGCCGGUGGCGGCGUGGCGGAGCAUGGGUCGUGGCCGCUGUGA